CCCGUCCGGAGAGUCAGCUUUUUGCGAUUUCAACUCUAAAAAACGGUGGAAGAGAGGUUUUCCGGUUGAAAGACGGUGGCUUUGAAUAUAAAACACCUGGAAUUCGACGAUCAGGAGCUGAAAUUUCAGCGUGAUGAAAUCGAAAAUGAGUAGCGAAGCUAGCAGCAGAGGCAACAGGAGCAGAGAGAGCGUGGUGGAGGAUUGGGGUCGGCAGAUAGGCUCUUGCUGUUAUUGCAAAUCCGGCGAUCGCACCAGUAUUUGUCAUGGUUUAUGGGCACAUAGCAUUACAGUUGAUGACUAUCAAGAUCUAAUUGACCGGGGGUGGAGCAGAUCUGGAUGUUUCCUCUAUAAACCUGAGAUGCAAAGGACAUGUUGCCCAUCUUACACCAUUCGUUUGAAGGCAAGUGAUUUUGUUCCUUCAAAAGAGCAACUUCAAGUGAAUAAACGAAUGCAGAGGUUUUUAGAUGGCAAGCUGGAUGUCAGAAAACCAGUUCAGUCCAAGGAGGAUCCGAGUACUUCUAAUGCUACAGGCGGCUGUGUCAAUCAAGUUUCAAACUCAGUGGCAGAUAAAUCUUUGUCUCAUAACAAUAAAGAAGAGAAUAAGACAGAAGAUUUUAUGCAUUAUUUAUCUAACCAAAUUGACAAUGCAGUGCAUGAGUGCAUUGAAGGUGGGGAAUUUCCUUCUGGAAUUCAACUGCCAAAAGCUCUGGUUAAAAAGGUUUCCCAUGCCAAAAAGAAGCUUCUAGCUGAAGGAUCAGAAGAUCUUGUAUAUACCAGCAACAUUGCCUACCAAAUAGCAGCCACAUUGAAGUGUUCACAAUCAGCUGCAACGGAUGUUUAUCAGUCCAAAAUUAUUGCAGAAAAAUUGGUGAAUUCUUUAAAUCACUCAGCAAGUAUUUCUGGUCUGUCCAUUAGGGCUUGCAAUGGACAUGUUAAUUUUUAUUCACCUGUUAAACAUGGGUCUUUAGAUGGAGAUGUUCAAAUUGUUACUCUACUUGAAGAAUCUGCAAAAAGGAAUGGAAGCAAAAGCUCUUCAUCUAAGAAUGUAUAUCCGCACAGAAAAAAGAGGAAGCUUGAGAUUCGUUUAAAAAGGUCUAGUUUUGAUCCAGAAGAGUAUGCAUUGUAUAGGCAAUACCAGAUUAAAGUGCACAAUGAUACACCAGAUAAUGUCACAGAGAACUCAUACAGAACAUUUUUGGUUGAUUCUCCCUUAUUAUUUGUUCAACCAUCUAUUACUGGUCUGGUUCCUCCCAGUGGCUUUGGCUCUUUCCAUCAGCAAUACAUAAUUGAUGGUCAGCUAGUUGCAGUUGGUGUUAUAGAUAUCCUGCCUAAAUGUUUUUCAAGUAAAUAUUUUUUCUGGGACCCUGAUUUUGCCUUCCUAUCACUGGGUAAGUAUUCAGCUCUCCAAGAAAUAGCUUGGAUAAAAGAGAAUGAAGUCAGUUGCCCCAGUCUUCAGUAUUAUUAUCUCGGCUAUUAUGUACAUUCCUGUAGCAAGAUGAGAUAUAAAGCAGCAUAUUGGCCAUCUGAGCUUCUUUGUCCUUUUCAAUGCCAGUGGGUUCCAUUUGAUGUAGCAAGGCCUCUACUUGACAAAAAGAAGUAUGUUGUUUUAUCCGGUUUACAGGAUGGGGAAUCCUCCCAAUCUGGAAUCCUAGAAAACAUAAUGGAAUUGCAACAGGAUGAGAUUGACCAAGAAGACAGAAAUGAUGUUUGUAUAGACAAUGAUGAAGAAAUGCUUGAGCCCAAAUCUGAAGGUUCUGAUGAUGAUUCAGAACCAGAAACCAGAAAUCUGAUGUCUGUUGGAAUUGAAGAUGGGAAUUUGACUAACAUUUUAAUUGGGUUGAGAGGAUCUCGGAUGAGAUAUAAGGAAGCAGAAGAAUGCAACUAUUGGAAAGGGGAAAGAAAAGGAUAUUCAACAAGCAUCUGAUCCCAGUGACAUGGACAACUUGGAGGCACAGUUGCAAAGAUACCAAAGAGUGGUGGGUGUAGAGCUGUCUGAGCGGAUGAUUUGUUCACUAGACUAAUUUUAUACACUGCAUUCCAUCGUUGCAUUGCUGAAAUUGCUGCUAAGGACAUGUCCUGUUUAGUAUAUAUUGGUGCUGAUCUAGAGCUGCUAUGGUGCUAUGACAUUCCUUUUAUUUCUUGGAAUGGUAAUUGUUUUGUUCGUUUCAAAUCAAAAUCACAGAUUCCUAAUCCUGGUUCACCUCCAUUCUGUAAUUUGAAUUUGCUCUGCCCUUGUAGCAGCACUGUUUUUUUUUUUUUUCCCCUAAUAGAAUCUGCUUUUCCUUUCCCUUCCUAGUAAAUAUGGUAUUGGGUA